AUGAGCCAAGUUCAACGCUGGGGUGAGGAAUACGAUGGAGUUAUCGCGGGUGCUCCAGCUUUCCGUUUCGCGCAGCAACAAGUUCAUCACGUGUUUUCAUCCGCAGUUGAACACACAUUGGAUCACUACCCACCACCUUGCGAAAUGGAUAAAAUUGUAAAUGCUACCAUCGCUGCUUGCGAUCCUCUCAAUGGACGAACAGACGGUGUGGUUUCUCGCACAGAUCUUUGCAAGCUUAACUUCAACCUCAGUUCAAUUAUCGGCGAAUCAUACUACUGCGCAGCAACUACCUCCUCUUCUCUCGGGUUCGGAUUUAGUAAGCGUGCACAAGGUAGCACAGCCAGCACUACACCUGCCCAGAAUGGAACAGUGACUGCUGAGGGUGUCGCUGUCGCUCAAGCCAUCUAUGACGGUCUCCACAAUUCCGAAAAUGAGCGUGCAUACCUCUCCUGGCAGAUCGCUUCGAAUCUUGGAGAUGCCGCUACUACGUACAACAACGAUACUGGAUCCUGGGAACUUAGCAUUCCAUCUACUGGAGGAGCGUAUGUCACUAAGUACGUUCAAUUGCUCGAUCUCGACAAUCUUUCCGACCUUGAUAAUAUUACUUACGAUACCCUUGUUGAGUGGAUGAACAUUGGUAUGGUGAGAUAUAUGGAUAGCUUGCAAACUACCCUUCCUGAUUUAACUACUUUCCAAUCUUCUGGGGGUAAGUUGCUUCACUACCACAGUGAAUCUGAUCCAAGUAUUCCAUCCGCCUCAUCUGUACACUACUGGCAAUCUGUUCGUUCCGCCAUGUACAGCAAUGCUACUGCUGAAGAGAGUCUAGAGGCACUCCAGGACUGGUAUCAAUUCUACCUUGUUCCUGGUGCAGCCCAUUGCGGAACCAACUCUCUUCAGCCUGGGCCAUAUCCCGAGGACAAUAUGGAAACUAUGAUCGAUUGGGUUGAGAAUGGAGUCAAGCCAAUUGCUCUCAAUGCAACUGUAUCUUCGGGUACAUAUGCAGGCGAGACACAAAUGCUUUGUCAGUGGCCAACUCGUCCUCUCUGGCAGAGCAACAGCACUACUUUCGAUUGCGUCAAUGAUGAGGCUUCUAUUGAGAGCUGGACUUACAAUUUUGAUGCAUUUAAGAUUCCUGUAUACUAG